AUGUUCCGCAACUUGGUCACCCGAGGAACAAUACUUGGUAUUUCCAGCUGUCCAUUAUCAUCAUACAAAUGGUACAACUUUGCAUUGUGGCGGCCUUUACACCUGCGGGUUGGUGAUAGUGCUGAGCUCCUUAGGAUCUUCACUCAGAAGGACGUCGCCCUGUUCUCUGAACUUACUGGGGAUACGAACCCACUGCACCUGGAUGAGGAGUUUGCCAAGAAGACAAGAUUUGGGAAACCUGUUGUUCAUGGUGUUCUACUCAAUGGCCUAGUGUCUGCGGUCCUGGGCACUAAACUACCUGGGGGAGGCUGUGUGCUUCUCUCCCAGGACAUUCACUUUCCAGCUCCAUUACAUGCUGGGGAAGAGGUUGUAGCAAGAGCACAGAUUACAUCUCUAAAGAAAUCCUUGGCUUUUAUUAGAGUAUCUUGUGUUGCAACGCAAAGCGGACAGACUGUAAUGGAGGGGACAGUAAAAGCUCUUGUGCCUGAAGACUGA